GAGUGACAGCAGAGCUGCAGUGGAGACGAGUCUCUGUGUUUCUCUGGAAAGAAACAUUCAACUGAAUCCAGCAGGUUUUUCUCAACAACAAACACUGAGUGUCGAUAUGUCUGCUGCCAGCUGUCUGCUGACUGAAGAUCAGUUUCUGUGCUCCAUCUGUCUGGAUGUGUUCACUGAUCCAGUCAGCACACCAUGUGGACACAACUUCUGUAAAACCUGCAUCACUGAACACUGGAAUAUUAAUGUCCCCUAUCAGUGUCCAAACUGUAAAGAGGUUUUCCACCAAAGACCUGAGAUGCGGGUCAACACCUUCAUCUCUGAGAUGGCUGCUCAGUUCAGACAGUCAGCUCAACAGAAAGCCAGCAGCAGCAGCUCAGAGCAACAAGUUUCCAAACCAGGAGAAGUUCCCUGUGACGUCUGCACUGGAACCAAACUGAAGGCCCUGAAGUCCUGCCUGGUGUGUCUGGAAUCCUACUGUGAGACUCACCUGGAGCCUCAUCUGACAAGAUCAGGCCUGAAAAGACAUCAGCUGAUCGACCCUGUGGAGAACCUGGAAGGCAGGAUGUGUCUGAAGCACGAUAAACUGCUGGAGCUGUUCUGUAAGACCGACCAGAUGUGUGUCUGCGUGCUCUGCACUGUUUUAGACCACAAGACACAUGAUGUUGUUCCUCUGAGAGAAGAAUAUGAAGGGAAGAAGGCCGAGCUGGGGAAGACAGAGGCUGAAAUUCAGCAGAUGAUCCAGAAGAGACGACUGAAGAUUGAGGAGAUCAAACACUCAGUGGAGCUCAGUGAGGAAGAUGCAGACAGAGAGAUAGCAGAUGGUGUUCAGGUCUUCACCGCUCUGAAGGAGUCUGUUAAGAGAAGGCAGGCCGAGCUCAUGGACACGAUCAAAGAGAAGCAGAGAAAGACAGAGAAACAGGCUGAAGGCUUCAUCAAAGAGCUGGAACAGGAAAUCUCUGAGCUGAAGAAGAGGAGCACUGAGGUGGAGCAGCUCUCACGCUCUGAAGACCACCUCCACCUCCUCCAAAGCUUCAUGUCCCUGAACACUGCUCCGCCCACCAAGGACUGGACAGAGGUCAGCGUCCGUCCACCUUCAUAUGAGGGGACUGUGAGGAGAGCUGUGAGUCAGCUGGAGGAGACGCUCAGUAAACAGAUGAAGAAGCUGUUUGAGGUCGAGCUGAAGAGGGUCCAGCAGUCUGCAGUGGAUGUGACACUCGAUCCUGAUACAGCACAUCCUGAACUCAUCCUGUCUGAUGAUGGAAAACAAGUUGAAACUGGUGAUGUAAAGAAGAAUCUCCCAAACAAUCCAGAGAGAUUUGAUUAUUUUGUUGAUGUCUUAGCAAAGCAGAGUUUCUCUUCAGGAAGAUUUUAUUAUGAGGUUCAGGUUAAAGGGAAGACUGGGUGGAAUUUAGGAGUGGCCAGAGAGUCAAUCAACAGGAAGGGACAGAUCACAGCGAGUCCUCAGAAUGGUUACUGGAUGAUAUCUUUGAGGAAUGACAACAAGUACUAUGCUCGUUCAGACCCUGAUAUCCUUCUCUCUCUGAAGUCUCGGCCUGAGAAGGUGGGGGUGUUUGUGGAUUAUGAGGAGGGUCUGGUCUCCUUUUAUGAUGUUGAUGCUGCAGCUCUUAUCUACUCCUUUACUGGCUGCUCCUUCACUGAGAAACUCUACCCAUACUUCAGUCCCUGUCCUAACUAUGGUGGUAAAAACUCUGCCCCUCUGAUCAUCUCACCUGUCAAUCAAGCACGUAGGAGAAGUUUGAUCAGAGGAAUUGUAUUUUAACUCAAACUAAUAGCGUCAGUCACACAAAGUAGAACAACCAUCUGAUUUUCUACAGAAAGAUUCACUCUCAUUUAAUGUAAUAAAUGUAUAUUAUUGGUGAUGUACUGUGAAUACAUUGUUGAUUUUUUAGAUUCUGAUCAAUGUGGUUUUUCCUCUUUCUGUAAAUGGUUUCUUUGAUGUGUCACGUUGCUACUUACUACUACAGCACAAAGAUUUAAUCCCACUGCUGAUAUUACGUAAUGUAAUCUUGUUUAUUCCAAUGACUGCAUUAACUGCCUUAAAGACCUUUGAAUCAUCAAAAACAAAUGUACUCAAUCUAUAUACUGAUUGUAGCACCUUUAGUCUUGACUUUUAGGUUUAAUGGAUACUCACAUCGCUCUAGGUCCAGUAGGAGUUGCACCAGGAAGUGACUCACAAAAGGGAGCGGGUGUUGGCAUUUGAACAGGUGAUAUUUUAAUAUCAAUGCAAAACAAAUGAUAAACAUCAACAGCUUGGCUGUGCAUUUAUUUACCAAAAUAAGGCGCCGUAAAAUAAAAGAAAACAAAAAGAAGAGUCCAUAGAACUCGAGCUCUCCUGCUCGAGGGUUCUGGUAAGGUCAGUUCAAGGAAAAGGAUCCAAUGUGUGCGUGUGUGUUCUGUGUAUCAAUGUCCAUUCAGUUUCUUUUGUCCUCAAUUUCUAUAACUACUACCCGGGUAGGUGAGGAGUGUGUGCGUCUUAUCCGUUCUCAGAGUGUGAGAUUCAGAUGAUCUGGAGUCGUCAAGGUAGGUUCUGCAGCUGGCCACACUGCAUCUCCAACUCUCUCUCUCUCAGAAUCGCUGGGCUGGGCUCGCCAUCUUAAUCGUCUCUCUCUAUUUCUCAGACAGUGGUUCUGACUAGCAAAAAAAGCAACCUACACAGAAAAAUGCAUAGUUGUAAGGAACUUCAUCUGAUUCUGUCUCAGUUUCUUAUCAGUUUCUUAUGAGAUCUCAUCAUUUUCUCAGUUCAAAAACAUGAAAUAUAUUACCAAAAAUCAAGGGAAUACAUAAACACACAAUAAAUGAAUUAUUAUGAAUUAGAACUAUUAGUUUUAACCAUAAAUGUAAUCAAUUAUUAAUGAAUUAUCACAACAAAAAUACUAUUUUUAACAGACACAUAAUUUAUGCAUCCUUUUUAACCUCUAUUUAUCUUAUAUCAUCAGUUCUCAACUAUUUUAAUUCACCUUUUUAAUAUUUAACUCUUUAACAUCAAAUUAAUUACAGUUUUUAUACACAAAAGUGCAAUUUCUUAAUCAAAAAUGAAAUAUACCACACCUUAAAUGGUACUAUUACCCAUUGCAGUGGCUAAUAACACAAAAUGAGCAGUUCAAAUGACAUAAAAAAAAAAAUACAUAACUGCAUCCUCUCAUUGCAAACUGUGUAAAUUUAGCUUUAACUAAGCGAUUAGCAUAAGCUAAGCAUAAACAAUAGAGAAAUUAGCAUUUCGGCUAGCGAUUAGUUCAUAGCGGGCGCUAUUAGCAUUAACUAGCGAUCUUUUUUCAAACAAUAAGCUGUGGUAUAAAGUGCACAAACGUAACAGAAAGACAUUGGAAAACAUCAUAUGGCAUAUUUUAAGCAAUAUAGACCACCUUAAACCAAGUUAACAGCACAAUAAAUGCAUCUUUUCUGCCUGAGCAGCUAUCGAACUGCAGGCUAACUGUGUGCUCACUCACCGGAGUCUCAAGCAUUUACUCUCACAAAGGGGGUUUUUAUCCUCGGCUCACUGCUUAUCGGGAUGAAACCUGGAUUCGCCUGUGACUACCGGGUCUGCCUGCGGACUCCUCUGCCUUUAUCUGUGGCUGUCUGCUACUCUUUGCUUCGUGUUUUCUUUGUUUUUUCUGCAACCGACUCUCUCGAUAUAGUCUGCUCUGCUGCCGUCUGUCUUGAGUCUGAGAGAAAAUGGCGUCUGCGCACGGGUGCAGACUUCACGCGAUACCUGACCUAGGUUCACGGGGAAUACAGACACUAACGGGGAACACUGCCCCCUACUGGAGGUUUACUGGAACUGUCUAAAUGACAAAUAUAGGGUUAGUAACCUGUUUUGUCAUGCUGGUUACACUGACAAUGUGAAAAAUGAUGCAAAGUGUACAGGACUGCUUCUAAAACAUUCAAAGGUCUAAUGAAAUAAUUAGGCAUGUACCCGAUGAUGUCAGUUGGAUCAGAUCCAGCCGUUUAAUACGAAUAUUCAACCAUUCUUUUUGUGUUUGUUUUCAUAUACAGCUCUAAUGUUUGAACAGGGCUCAGCAGGACGUUCAGUGUGACAGUGGAAAUCAUGCAAUAUAGUUAACAAGCUAACGACAGAUCAGAAAUGUGCAACAUUUUCUGCAGACACCACAUAUCAAAACAAAAGCCAGAGACUGUGUCGUAUUAAAUAUCUGUGAGCUGUAAAUUCACCACUUCCAAGCAGAGGAUGGAAGAUUAUUUCAAAGCCUUAAGGUGGAAAAUUUCUCCUCCUCUGUGCCACUGCAUCACGUCCACAGCUGUUUGUACCAAAGAGUCGCGUGACAGUCAGACAGUUUUUUACAUGUUAAACUGCUACAAGUAUAUAAGUAGUUAAAAUUAGCUGAAUAAAAUUAGCAACAAAAACAUCAAGAUAGCAUUUACAUAUUAAUACAUGAAUAAUACAACAGUAUAACACUGACAGUAUUCACUCUGCAUUAUGUGUACUUUUACUUUUCAUACUUUAGGUACAUUUUGUUGCUGAUACUUGUGGACUUAACUGAAAUUUGAAAUGCAGGACUGUUGCUUGUAACUGAAUAUGUUUUCAGUGGUGGAUUGUAGCUCAGUAUUUUAACUCAAGUACUUUACUCAGGUACACAUUAAAGGUACUCAGAGAUCAAUAUUGUACUUUUUACUGCACUCCAUUAGUCUGACAGCUUUAGCUCCUUCCUGUCCAGUGAAAACCAUGUAUCUCCAGAUGUGUUGAUGUUGACCUGACUUGAGUAAAGGAUCUGAAUACUUCCUCCACCACUGUGCACUUAUGAUUUGAUCUUUACUGACCACCUCGCUCUGGUUUGGGAACGCAGAUGUUGUUCUUCUCCAGGGAGGACUGUGUUCAACAUGUGUCUUCUGGAAAACAGAAGAAACACAAGUGAAGGUAAAAACAGACAGAAAACUGAACUAUUGCUGCUGCAGGUGAGAUGGAUGAAGACCACACACACACACACACACACACACACACACACACACACACACACACACACACACACACACACAAAAUAUCCCACAAGUUUCCAACAUCACCUUCAUCCUCGCUCUGGUCAACAACCAGGGCAGGCAGCUUCCUGCUUUAAAGGAUAAAGAAAGAUUCAAAUAAGUACAUGAAAAACAGGCGAAUACAGACACUGUCUUUAUUUGUACUCACCAUGUGUGUUUGUCCUUUGCUGUAUCUGUAUAUUAUUGGAUGAAAAACAGGUCUUUUAUAAAGUGCAUCAUGUCAGCUGACCAGCAGAUGGCGCAGUAACACCACAGAUCAGACCUCAACAGUCCCUGACUGAAAGCUUUGUAGUAACAAGUCAACACUUUAUUGAUUCACUCACAUCAGUCAGCAGUUUUAUGCAUUUUUCAC